GGCUGUUGUCACAUGGUUUGUGUUUGCUGCCCAGUAGAGAGAAGGUUGAAAUAAUUUAGUCAGAGGGAAAUUUAACAGUUUUUAUGAAGUCCUUAAAAAACGUUUUAAAGAAGCACUAAACUUAAGGGGACCAAACUACAUCUGCACCUGCCGAAAAAUAUGGAAAUUCCUGCCAUCAACCUCAAGGCCAUAGUACUAGUGCACUGGAUUCUGACCAUCUGGGGCUGCAUGGCCUGGUUGCCCCCUUCAUAUGCCUGGGGGAACUUCAGUGUUCUGGCUGUGGGCGUGUGGGCCAUCGCUCAGAGGGACUCCAUCGAUGCUGUACUUAUGUUUCUGAUUGGGAUUGCAGUGACGAUACUGACAGAUAUCAUCCAUUUUGGGAUCUUCUAUCCGCUGGCUGAGGCUAUAGCUGAAAGGAACAGGGACACAUUCCGCUUUAGUGCAGGCAUGGCUAUCCUAAACCUUCUACUCAAACCUGUCUCCUGCUUCUUCAUCUACCAAAUGUACAAAGAGCGUGGAGGAGAUUACAACGUCAACUUUGCAGGCUUCCCCAGUGUAACACGAAAUAGAGAUGCGUACCAGUCCAUUGACCAGCAAGACCAGUCGACCAGCUCAGCCAACCCCUUCAACCAGGCUGAAGCCACCAAGCCAGGAGCCGCACGCUCCUACUGAGAGGCAGCAUAACUUGCUAUAUUCACUUGGAAAUCAAACAUCACAUCACAUUUGUGAUGUUUGUUUUUUUCAUUACUGGCAAGCCCAUUGCCAGUAAUGCCCUGAUCUAAACACACUGUCAUGUUAAAACAAGAUGAUGGAAAUACUGUACGCUUGAUGCUCAAAGCAAUGUCACAUGGAAGAGAGAGAACUAGAAAUACCAGCCAAACAGUUAAGUAUGAGCUGUGGUGAAGUAUUUUUGGCUGUAUGAUAUGCUAACACUAAUGAUAAAGUAGACAAUACAAUUGCACAAAAAAAUACAGCCCAGUUUACCUCAUCACAUAUCAUCUACCUUGUCCUGAAUACCCUGUCCAAAAUGCUACCGUAUAUUUCUUAUUUUUCAAGAUGCUUGAUGGAAAAAGCAUUACUGUCAUGUGGUAAUCCUCCAGUGAUGAUGUGAGAGUAUUUUUGUCAGUGCUCUGGUUUUGUGUUAUUUUUAUAAGCCAUGUGUUCAUCUAUCCAGAAGCUAUUCUCAGUAACUCAGUCUUUUUUGGCUAAAGAAGAUUGUGUGGAAAUAGCCAGGAUACUGGUUGUACAGUGUGCACUGUCCAUGCUUCCAUUUGACUUUGUUUUGCCACACUUACAUUUGUUGUUCCCUGUUUUAUUUUUCACUUCUCUUGGAGGUGGCAUAGCAUUACAGUUUUCAGGACGGACUUGUAUCACUUUUUUUGUGAAACUGAAUAUAACCCUCUAAAGAUAGUUCCUCUUUAAUGUUGAGUAGUGUAUUGAUAAGGUCAGCAUUUUGAGAACAUGCAAGUCAUUUGGUUUGCAAUGUGGUGUGACGUCAUUUCAAUGCGGGAAUUAUUAUUUUUUUAAAUCAGACUUAGUAUCUGUCAGUAGAAACCAUAGAUAACUCUCCCUGCCUUAAAUAUCUUCUGGGUGAAAGAAUGUUUAACACAAACUCUUUCGGUAGUUUGUGUUACUCCACUGAUCCUGCAAUGCCCCCAAAGCUCUGCAUGACAAUAGUCAGAUCAUCCAAAAACACAUCAUGUUAAUCUAUCUGUAUUUCUCUUCACUUAAAGUUCUCAAUCUUUAAGUGAAGAGUGACAUGCGUACUUUUUGACUGCCUACUGACAUGCAUACUUUUUUGGGGAUAAAGUUUUCAUUGGACCAAUGAACAAAAUACAAACAAAAUGUGCAGUAGGUCUUAUAUUUAAAAUCUAGAGAGUAGCAAAUACAUGUUACAGCCCUGUAGUGACUGGCAUACCGUUCUCUGUGUUUGACUGGGCAUUUUCUUUGUUAAUUGUGAGCUCAUUUGUGUUGAAUCAUUUCAACUCAUUUUCAAUCAUUUUCUAUGUGCCUGAUCUAUUUUGUAACAUUUCAGUUUUUGAGUUGUUGGAGGUGUCGAGGGUUGAUUAAUUGAAAUCAAGUACGGCCCUUUUAAACCAAAUUCAACACUCUUAGCACUUGCAACCAAUGCUUCUUGCACAAAUGUUUUACCCUUUUCACACGUUUUUGAAACCACUAGACAAUUAAACCGUUUUCUGGUUUAAACAAAAGAUGUUUGACUUUUUGUUAGACUUUGCCAGAACAGCACAAAACACUGUUUCUAUAAGGUGCCCAGCACAACACAGAUAUUAUUGAAAAACACUUUGAAUACAAUUGAAAAUUUAUAGUGUGAAAUAUAUGAUGUACAAAGUCAUUUUUAUCCCAAAAGCAUAACUUGCCAUCUUUCUUGUGCAUCUUUAUCUUUAUUGUUCGUCAUCUGAACCAUUAAUGGAGGCGUGGAUGAUACAAUUUGUUAUAGAUGCUGAAGUGUACAUGCACCCAGGAUGGUGACCCAAUUUAAAUACUAUGGUUCAUCACUUCCCUAAACUUUUUGACUUCUCCGAUAGAUUUGUAUUAUAAGAUAAUUCAGUCUUUCUUGUAGACUACAGUACAGUAUACAGAAGUCGGCCUUUCAGACUUGCCAGAAUCAAAUUCCGCUCAAUAACCAACCUGGAUGGUCUUCCAACAAUUCAAUGAAGGGGGAUGAUAUACGACCAUGGGGAGGCAUUGGAGGUCCAGAGCAGUAGGACGCUCAUUUAUAACUCUACUGUCACACCAUUUUUUAACGUGUGCACCCUUGAGUCCUCUGUUGCGGAGACCCUGUUCUGUCAGGCCAGCUGACCCCAAUAUUUUUCUAAGGCAGCAGGCCUGAACAGACCCACAUGCUGUGUAAAUGUAAAUAUUGUAACAUCCACCGUCUGCUUUAUAUACAUUCAUCUAUCUGUCAGUGUUAUGGUGUCCCUGCGUAGAAGUCCUUCCUCCAUUUAUCCACAAUCCUGAUAGGGAUAACUUCCAGGUGAAGCUGUGAUGUUCUUAUAUCUCAUGCUAGCAUAUAAAAUUAUGGAAAAAAUAUAGGAACAGAAGCAGACGAGAACAUGGUAAAUUAUAAAGCGUAGUGUACUAGACAGAUGUACAGUUACGUUGUUAUUGAGCAGAAAUGUCUUAUGUGUAAUAUCUGUUAAAUCUAUCUGAAUCUGGUAAGAGAAGGAAAUAAUGAGGAUUGACGGUAUAGCCACGGGAAGUAGGAGGUCUGGUGGUGCAUUGCCUCAGUACCCUCUGACGAGUUCCCAAAUUGCACAUUUACCGUUUGACUGCUACAUUAUGCACGCGCUCUGUUUUUCUGUCCGUUGGUGUGACGCACGUCAAACUGCCUGGUUGGCACGUGAUCAGGGAGUAAACACCGGAAUAGAGAAGACAGCAGUUACCUGCUGAUUUCCUGGUGGGGGAACACCCUGGGGCAUGCUGCUGAUGCUAAUGUGCUACUAGAGAGGACAGAAGGGAAUACAUUUCCUGAAAGAUGGAAGGGAUGCCACUGCUUGCCUUGCCUGACAUAGGCUUGACUUCUUAUGUAAUUUAACUAAACCAAUUUUACCAUGAAUAAUGUUUAACUUGAUGUGCAUCCUUACACUUUUACAGUUCUACCCUGUGCAUUCCACUUACAGCAGUACUACGGAGAUACUAUGGACCAAUGCGCUAAACAUUACCACAUACAUUCCCCUACACACUGUCUAUAUAAGACAACUAAUGA